CUUAUAAUUCUGAUGUAAAUCGUUAAUAACUGUAGACGACUAAGCUUGUUUAGAAGUUGUGGACACAAYGAGAGCUAGUCCAUUUUGCUUUUUAUUUCCAUUUAUUUGUCUAGCUCAUUUCGCUUUAUCAACGAGUUUAUCAGAUUUAUUUUCAAAGACAAUUCCAACGGCUGUUACGAGAGAUUUCAGUGAUCUGCAAUGGGAAAACAAAGUGACAUCCCAUUUUGUACUGGCGCCUUCUCGUCACCUUAUACCAAAGAAUACAAACAGCAAAACAGCUUCACCUAUUUUAAAACAUAGUGGUCUUCUACCUUAUACCUCGAGUAGUACUGUACAACUAAGUCGUCAGCAAAYAAGUAUUUAUCCGACGCCAAGUAAGACUGCUUUUGCACUCUUUACCACAACUAACAAGAAUACCGGAGAAAAAGAGAUCCAAACGACAACAAGGAAUGGGAAAAAAAGAGAAAAGAAAAAAAGCGAAAAGAUGAUGAAAAGAAAAAUGGAAAAAAGAAAAGAAAAGAAAAGACAAAGGAARACAAGAGAACAGAAAAAAAGAGAAAGUACUUUAAAGUGCCCUGCAUAUUGCUCUUGUAAAACAUGUGCUCAUAAGAUCAACACAAUGGAUCUAAAGUGCAAAACGUUCGAUUUGAAUACUCUUUUGAAGAAAUUGAGCAUUCCCAAGGAAAGAGUGUGCGCGCUAAAUUUGGCUGGCAACAACAUAUCAUCUAUCAAGAAGAAAGCGUUUAACGGAUUUACGAGCCUCAAAUAUCUUAACCUUGACAGAAACAGUCUUCAGGUUCUAGGUGAUGGUAUGUUUGGAAGCUUGUCUGAGCUCAAUGUUUUGAGCGUGCGGCACAACAACAUAAGCAAGUGGAAUGGAAAUCAACGCAAGGUCAUGCCUAAAUUGUCACUACUAGACGUUCAGGGAAACCUAGCCUUGAAACUACGAAAGGCAUGGUUAAGAAAUACUAGCCUUACCGCUAUUAGAGGACUGACCAUGUCACCAUCAUGUGUGGAGUGCAACAUGACUAGACGAAAUGCUACAUUACAGCUCGUACAUCCAGACAAAAUAAACAGCAUCUGCAAUUACAUUCCAAGAUCAAGUCACUUGGAAUUAAAAGAUCUUUUAUCAGCAUUUGUAGUAUUCCGUGGUACUUGCUUGGAGAGAAAGCAAUGUACUAUUCGUUUUAGUGACGUUCAAGACAUAAAUAAYCUUUACAGAAACAAGUGCUGGGAAAUGCUGAAUUCCUUAAAACCCGUUGUCAUCCUACUUGGAACUAUUUCUAUUGCAUUCAAUCUGGUUGUUUCUAUAGUAAUCGUUGCUACSCAGUCUCUUCGAACAAAUACUACCUCGUUACUGGUCGCUCAUAYGUCGUUGUGUGAUAUCUUUAUCGGAGUAUACGCCCUUGCUAUUGGACAUGGACAUAGUUUGGUUUCCAAGGGUACAAAAGUAUUUCGCCAAUGGCGUAUUCAUAUGUGUCCAUACUACAGGACAUUGUUCAUUGCUUGUCAAAUMAUGGAAGUUGCGACAUCGUUGCUGGUCACCACAGAACGUUAUCUGGCCAUUGUGUUCUGUAUGAAACCUUCGAUGCGCCUCAACAAAAAACAUUUUUGUAUUUUGUUAAUAAUUUUCUGGUUGUUUGCUGUUGUAWUGUGUUUCCUGCUUCAGUUCCACGAUGCAGCCAUUAUUAGAGAUAAUACUAUGUGCAUGAUAGUAAGAUUGGUCACAAAACACRACACUAGUAUAUUUGUCAUCCAAAUCAUCAUGAUCAUUCUUGUCGYGAUUUAUAUUACAACCAUGUUCCAAUAUUGUCACAUCUACUUCGUCGCUCGACGUUCUGCACAAAACAUGGGCGUCCGUCGAGAAGCAAGACUGGCAUACCGAAUCUGCAUGAUGGUGCUGUCUGGUUUUAUAUUCUUUGCCAUUCCAAACCUCAUGACGUUCAUCUCGUCUGUUGUCAGUUUUAGUUCAUCACAGCAACCUGGGUGGACUUGGAUUCAGCAAUGGCUGCCACAAGUGCUGCUUGUUUUCAAUGCUUGUUUGAACCCGUUCCUGUUUGCGUAUCGGAAUGAAAAGUUUGUAAACGCUUUGAAACACUUGAAGAACAAACUAUUUAAUCAUGCUGUGUCUGAUGUAUUUACACUGAACAUUCAUAAAAGCCAAAGUUAUGAAUUAGACAAUUAUAACUGACAAACUUACAUCAAAGUUCCCAGGAACGAUAUUGCGGACUUGAAAAAAGAGACCAAAUAUAAAACCAAUUCCUGUACAGGAGGCCAUUUUUUUAUACGAAUGACACUAAUUUYUCUAAUUUUGUCGUACAAAUCAUGUCAUAAAUAAUUAUUUGUCUUUCCAUGUUCUACCUUAAUCUUAGCUAUGAAGUAUUCUUUAGACCAACAACGUUUCACCAGCCAGUUAUAAAAGGACUGACUUUAAAGCACUGGAAUCACAACCUAUCUCAUUGUACCUAGUUGCGGAGACUAAGGCUGUAGUCUAGAUCGUGUUAGAAAGUACAGACCAAAGUAGAGAAAAGUUCUUGAGUUGGAAUUCCUAACACACAAAUACUCAAGGUGCGGAAAGUCUUUCUGGUCAACCUUCUUUAGCCUAAGCUUGUGCCGAACAAAUUAAUCAAAGUUUGUAAUUACUGUACUUGAUGAGAACCAAUAAACGAGU